GGAAACCCAAGAGAUGAACUAGACUGCUGUCUUGCAUAGAACUAAAACACAGUUAAUUCAGCAACUACUUGGCUGUUGUGAAACAGAAAGUGAUAUACGGGAAAUCCCGGUGUUGUUAAGCGGACUUGGUGUAACAAAUUAAAUAACAAAAGGGACAUAACUGUUUCUGCUCUUGUUGUCUAGCCCACUAUAAAGAUGCGGCCAAAAAUUCAAGUCAAGCUUGUUACUGAGCACAUGAGAUAUUUGGAAGAAAAGAUUCAAGUUUUAGAACCUGCUAUUUCAGUGAUCAAAAAGGCAUUAGAAAAAAGUAAGACUUGGAUAGAAGAUAAAAAUGACAACCUGUCUCUUACCUACAUCGAGCUAUACCAGGAGCUUGAUUCAGCGACCACGACCAUGUUGGGUGCAGCGUCACAAGUCAUGCAUGAGUAUCAACAUAACGAAGACGUCGAGGACAGAACGCCAUCUUUACCUCAGUCUAGACCACAAUCUACAGCAACAGAAAAACUCGACCUAAGUGAAUCAAAACAAAAACAAACUGAAAUAUUGAGUCGACUUGAGCAGAUAGAGACAGCCAUAUCUUCUCUACAAGACGUCAGUCGACUUGAGCAGAUAGAGACAGCUAUAUCUUCUCUACAAGACGUCAGUCAACUUGAGCAGAUAGAGACAGCCAUAUCUUCUCUACAAGACGUCAGUCGACUUGAGCAGAUAGAGACAGCCAUAUCUUCUCUACAAGACGCCAAUGACAAAUCUACAGAUGACAUAUCAGAAAUAAAACAAUGGAGAGACAACUUUGUAUCAGAACAGAGUGACAUGUGGUUAAACAUUGAACAACUGACUAAAAAACAAAAGCGGAAUUUUAAAAAUAUCAUAAAACAAAUGAGUGAACAAGAUAACAAAAUAAAGGAGCUGAACAAAGAAAUAGAAAGUUUAAAAGAAAAAGAAACCAAGUCAAACAAAACACUAGAGAAACUGUCUCUAGAUAUGAAAGAAUAUGAAAACAAUGCACACAAAAUAAAUAAAGAGAUGCAAGAUCACACAGACAAAAUAGACAGUAUAGCACAAGAAAUUGAAAGACAUUCUGAUCAGAUCGUUUCUUUACAAAAAGAUAAUAAUAAAAUAAUGGUAGAUUCGUCCAUCAAACUUGAAAAGGUGCAAUCAAAGCAAAAUGUGAUGUACAAACUCCUACAACAGAGAUUGAUGCCCAUUGACAAACUGAUUCAAAUCUUUAACCAGAACUUGCAAACAGGGGGAGAAAGAUUACAGAAGCUUGAAAAUAUUGAAAAUACCAUUUCAAAGCUGUCCAAAGAAUUUCAUUUAAUCGAGACCCGUGUAUGUCAGCCUUACAUCUGUCACAUUCAAUUGCAAAACGACACAACAGUAACUACUGGAUCAACUCUUUGUACGUUUAAAAAAGUUUGGGAACCUUACGGCAGCUAUUUUAAUAGAACCACAGGAAAACUUGUAGCACCAGAUGAUGGUUUCUAUCUUGUGAUUGUAACGCUGCAGGAAUCGGAAGAUAAACUGAUUAAAAUUGGUGUUUACGGGGAUGACAGAUUUUAUAAGAACAUUUUUGUCAAAUCAGCCAACACAUCUGCCGCUGGAUCAACUAUUGUUGGCAUGAAGAAAGGCCAAGAACUUUAUUUUAAAGUCGGUCAAGCUGAUGAUGGAGCUAAGAUACAAGGAGGAAGUGGAUUUACUAUACUUAGAUUAUAAAUUUUAUCAAGCUUAUGAAAUAAAUAGUUUAUCGUUUAUUUCACGCCACACCAUUUUCGAUUGUUUUUAAUUAUCCAAUUUUCCUAUAUUCUAUGCAUGUGCAUAUCGUUUCAACAGGUAAGUUUCAAUCUGUGAACAUACUGGAUUAUGAUCUACACUUCAUUUUUUGAAAGCAAAUGGUUUAACUUCUUUUUUUGGUUGUAUUUUAGAAUACAUACAAUUAAAUGUACAAAGAGUUUGUGUUUGAGUGUUAUAACAUAAAUUAAUGUUAAGACAAUAUAAAGAAGCAUGCUUCUAGUGCCAUUGUGAAAUGAACAUAUACAUCAUAAAACAAUUUGUCUUGUCAAUUGAGUACGUGUAUGUAACGUAUGCUUGUUGCAUAUAGCUUGCAGCACCAC